UUGUGGAAAAAUGAAAACCAAUCGAAAGGCUAUAGAUUCAUAUCAGAGUAAUUAGCGCUUUAUCCAAAGGUGGUGUCUCACAACAACUUUAUACAUAAAGCUGCAAAUAAAUGGAGUUAUUGUUACUGAUAUCGAUACUCCUCCCAUACGUAGUAAUCAUUGCUUGUUUCUAUCGGUACAGACGUCUAAUAAACAUGGCUCAAGAUUUAUCGGAGAUAUUUGAUGUAGUUGACACUCCAGCCGAGGCUGUUGAUCAACCUAUAGAUAAACGCCAGGCUUUGAAGGAUGCUCGCAAAUCCAAGCCUCAUUUACUAUCGAAAAAAUAUACGGAGGCGUUCCUUGACAAAUCUUCACCUGAGGUCAUUGACAAAAUUUAUAAUGAUUUUACUGAACAUGACCUCCAUGAGAAAGGAGAGAAGACUGCAAAGGCAUUGUCAACUUACGCCCUUGGUAUGUAUAGCAAAACCAUAAGCAAUCUUAUGCCUAUCGAUGAUGUGGAGGCCCUCCGUAAUGAUCUGGAAAACGAUCCUAUUAUCCGCGAAUCCAUGACCGAGCUAGGAAUCCUCGUUUAUACAGCAUUUGGUAAGUUCCUUGCACCUUUGCUUGUUGCUGCGCACACGAUCAACCACACAAAAUUGUAUAAACAGAGUUCCCCCGAUUCGGGGGAACUGGUAAAUGAUACAAGCAUUCCAUCAUAAAAGAAGAUUUUAUAGGCUUCGCGGUCUAUAAAAAAUGAGCACUGAACAAUCGCAAGAACAGAGGGUAAUAACAAAACCAGUGAAGCACCUAGGUAGAGUAGCACAGGGUCACAAGUUAGCCGCACUGAUGAAGAAGAGGAAGGAAGAAAUGAAGUAACAAGAGGGUACUGUAGAGCCUGCAGUCAAAACCUCUUCUGAGACCGUUUCUAGCAAGUCAAUGGGCAGUGUCCACUUCUAUGGAGCCGGGGAGAUAGCCAUGAUUGCUGCGGGAGUGGGCGUUUGGUAUAUGCUUAGUAGAGGCAAAAAUGAAACCAACAAGCCUGCGACUAAUCCAGAGCCCAAACAGGGCAAAGCCCAGCCUAUCCCGAGACAUGCAAUGAAAUUUGCUAAGGAAUGAUACUAAUAAAUGGCAACAAACAAACAUGAUGAAAACAUGGGACCGAAAAAAAACAUGAUAAUUGAUGCCUUAUGGGAGUCUGUCAGGCUCGUGUCGUACACAAUUCUGAUUGCUAUGGGUGGAAAGAAGGCUUUGGGGGUUUCCAGGCCCGGGGCCAAAAUGGAUUUGGAAGGUGGUUUGAAACUAGCCGGGUAUAUGAGUGCGGCGAUACUGUUCGACGAAUAUGCAAUUAAGCAGGGGUGGUACAAAAAAUCAUUAAUAGCUCCGAAAUAGAGCGUUUGGUAAAGUUUCUAUCUCCUAUAGAGAAUAUGGAAGAGGAGGCCAAACAGUGUUAUAAAUGCCUAAAAACCCUACCCCUAAGCCAGUUCAAGUCAAAGGGCAAAGGGCAAACUACAAAAAGUUGCAUUCCCUGCCUGGAUCUUAUUAGGGUAUCAAAAGGCAAUGCCAAACGCCGCAUCUAUAUGCAGCCCUUAUAUGAACUAAUAAUUUUGUUACAAGACCAUAUUAAAGCCCAAUUUAAUGAGGGCUACACGUGGGAGAAUUAUGAAACGCAUGUAAAUAAUAGAGUACGCUUCAGGUACAAUGAAACGUUCAAUCGCUCAACACUUGCUGACGUCAUAAAUGUAUUACGUCGGGCACAGCAUGCUAUAACCGCCGGGAAUCAGAUGCUGUAUGCGAAAAUAUGUCUCGGAAUAGCUACCGGAAACAAUAAAAUGGUGGAGAUCAAAUGUUGCCGCGUUUGUAAAAAUCUAAUACCCAUACACAAGUUUAAAAUUAGGGGUAAUAGUCGAACGAAAAGUUGCAUAGAGUGCCUUCAUAAAGCUAAAAAAAGCGGGCGACUCCCAAAAAUAGGGUCAUUGAAAACGUUGAAAUAGACCCUCUUGCCAUUGAUGCAGAAAGUCGGGGUGUUCAACAGGAUGAAAAUUACCUAAUACUGUAUGACCUAUUAACAUACAACAUUAUACACCAAUAUAUCGAACUCAUCGAGGAUAGCCCGGAGAAGGCAAGGCUUAUUGGAGACCUACAAACCUCACAACAUCACUUCCAAACCAAAAAUUGCCUCCAAACAUGUUUCCGUUGUUUAUCCGGUUUUGGCAUGAUUCCAAAAUUAUUCCGAAAUUAACCUGCGUUCAACCUAAAAACAGA